CCGGAGCAUAAAACCGAGAGUACGAAAUGGCGACCUCCUUGCUGCGGUUAGGGCGACUCUGUUCCCUCAAGUGUCUCCGGUUGGAGAGCCGGGGCAUGCUGAGGGGUCGCACAGCUGCCCCAUUCUGCACCCAGGCUGAAGAGCCCCGAAAAUCAGCAGCCAAAAAAGCCAAGACAGCAACAAAGACAGCGGACGCUCCGGAUGAGAGAGCGACUUUGCUAGCCUACAAGACCACAGUUGCCUUCCCAGUUAGACUUUCAGAGCCUGUUGUUUUCACAGCUCCAUCUGUGGCUGCAGUUGAGACAGAAUCCAGCCAAGCUACUGCAGAAACUAUCUCAGCUGCAACAGCUGCAGCACCUGAAGCUGCAGCUGCUCCUGAAGCUGCGGCACCCGAAGCUGCAGCUGCUCCUGAAGCUGCAGCUGCUCCUGAAGCUGCGGCACCCGAAGCUGCAGCUGCUCCUGAAGCUGCAGCACCUGAAGCUGCAGCUGCUCCUGAGUCUGUAGCACCAGAAGCUGCAGCUGCUCCUGAAGCUGUAGUACCCGAAGCUGCGACUGCUCCUGAAGCUGCUGUCAGUGAACCAGUUGCAGUUGAGCCUGUGGCUGCCGAAGAGGCUCUAGCUACUGAGCUAGUGGAUUCAGCUCCUCCUGUAGUUGACACUGCUCCACCUGUCAUUGAUGCCGCUCCUCCUGUAGUUGAUGCAGCACCUCCUGUAGUUGACGCCAUUCCUGCAGCUGCUGAGUCCCUCGCUGAUGCAAACACUCAAAUCUCAGUCCCUGAAGACACUACAGCUGCUGCCUGCACUACUCAAGAUGAAGUCCCAACUACUGCAGCCUCAUCUGAACCUAGUGAUGUUACAGCUGAUGCAUCCUCAUCGUCAUCCAGUGACUCAGACUCGGACUCAGACUCAGACUCUGAGGAUGAGAAGUCAGAAGCAAAGACAGCAGCCCCAGAAGUCUCAGAGUCUGCUGUAAAAGAAGAGGUCCAGCAGGUUGCAGCAGUGAAGGAAGAAGCUGAAGUUGUUCUUGCUGCUGCAGAGGCCAUACAGAUAGCUGCUCCAGCAGCUGCAGAAGUGCUUGAAGAAGAAGCUCAAACUGUGGUGGAAGCAGAAGUGUUGGUAGACACUGCUCCUGAGAUCUCUACUGCCACUGAAGACACACUAGAGGGCACCGAGAGCAGUCCUGAAGCUGCAGUGGAGCCAGAAGUCAUUACAUCUGCUUCUGCAUCUGAGGUUGUUGCCAAUGCUGUUCCACCAGGGGAAGCUGCAGCUGAAACCACAGAGCCUGUAGCUGCUGAAGCCCCCUCAGAAGCUGUAGCUGAGCCUGUAGAAGCUGCUGAAGCCCCCUCAGAUGCUGCAGCUAAGCCUGUAGAAGCUGCUGAAGUCCCAGCAGAAGCUGCAGCUGAGCCUGUAGAAGCUGCUGAAGUCCCAGCAGAAGCUGAAGCUGUCCCCAUUGAAGCAGCUGCUGAGGCUGCAGCUGAAGUUUCUGCCCCUGCAGAGAGCUCAGAGGAGUUGUUGGAUCCUGCCCUGGUUAUUGCUGAAGCUGCUGACCCCAUAAAGGCUACAUCUGCCCCUGCAGAAGAUGAAAUUGCCCCUGUAGAAGCUGAUGCGGCUGCCCCUGUAGAAGCUGAAACUGCCCCUCUAGAGGCAGCCACAGAGCCUUUAGAAGCUGCUUCAGAAGUUGAAGCUACCCCUGUAGAAGCUGAGGUGGCCCCUGUUGAAGCUGAAGUCGCUGCUGAGGCUGCAGCAGAACUUUCUGCCCCAGUGGAGAGCACAGAAGAGCUGGUGGAUCCUGCUCCAGUCGUGGCCGAAGCUGCAGGAGAGGAGCUGCAGGCCGAGGCCCCAGUUGAAGCUUCUGAGGAGGCUGCAGCAGCGGUGCCUCCAGAGCCUGAGGAGCCUUUUGACAACAGCACUUACAAAAACUACCAGCACCAUGACUACACCCCCUACACAUUUGCAGACCUGGAUGUAGAGAUGGCCAAGUUUCGCCUCCCUCAGCCGUCCUCGGGCAGACAGUAGAGGAAACCUUUCUAAAGCUUAAAGAAGAUGAUGAUAUUGUUGUCCCUUGUUACUUAUGAUCGACCCCCAUUACCUGUCAGAUCUGCAUGAAAUUAUGCUGUUAUAUUAUUAAAAUAUACAAAUGAGAAA